CCAUUUUUGGCCCCAGCUGGUGGCCCAUCUGGGGAAAACCUCCAUAAGGAUGCUGGCCGGAUGGAGAGAGCUGUCUACAGGGAUAAGCGCUAUACUUUGUUGCCUCCUGUUCUUCUGGCUCCUGUACUCUCAUCCACCCAAGGAAGGAAAGGAACUGGAAGUGGGCACCUGUGAAAUCACAGCAUUGGACAGAGAUAUGAGCCAUCCCAAGAGGAUGAUCGCCAGGCAGACAGCACGGUGUGCCUGUAGGAGGGGCCAAGUCGCCGGAACAACUAAAGCAAAACCCGCCUGUGUAGAUGCCCAGAUCAUUGUCAACAAACAGUGGUGCGGGAUGGAGCCCUGUGAUGAAGGGGAGCUGUGCACAUUGCUAAUAAAUCGUUCAGGCUGGAGCUGCACUAGGCAACUGGGACGUAUAAAAACAGUCACGGUCUCCUGACAGCAGUAGUGCAUCUGCCUGUAAGAGCAGCUUCUUCACUUCCUGUGCACUGAUGCCGCAGUUCAAAGGUCAUCUCGUCAUUGGGGGUGGGUGGGAGCGGAGGAAAGGUGGCAAGCAGAUUCUUCAGUAUGGGCUCAUCCCCAUGAAUCAGGGCCCAUCCUCUCUCUAUUCCCUCUUGUGCCUGUACGUGGGGCACAAAGGUUACUGGAAGAGCAUCUUGGGGUUGUAUGUGUGAGGUUUUCUUU